GUUACCUAAGAAAAGAAGAACGUGACUCGGCUGCUGCUCUGUCAUGAUGGGGUCAGUUGUGUGGGAAUGUGGUUAAACGUUUUAAUACCUUGACCUCACAGAUGCUAUAUAAUACUGAGAAAAGAAAAAGCAAGAUUUCUCACACGUGGGUCUCAAAAACAUCAUCUCCUGGACUGAGCUAAGAAUGUUGUACACCAAGAGCAUUCCAGUUUUGAAGAACCUGAAACAAGGACUGAAAACAUCACCGUCGAAGUGAGAACUGGGGGUACAUGAGGAGCUGAAAGAGCUUUCUGACGGGGCUCAGUAACCGGCCUGUUCCCAGCGAGGAAGGAUGGCUGUUAGCUGGAUGUUCUGCUACCUUUGGCUUUUGGAUGUUUUGGUGGGGCACACGAGAGGGCACAGUUUGUUUUCUUGUGAGCCCAUCAUCUUGCGGAUGUGCCAGGAUCUGCCUUACAAUACCACCUUUAUGCCUAAUCUUCUGAAUCAUUAUGACCAGCAAACAGCAGCAUUAGCAAUGGAGCCCUUUCAUCCGAUGGUGAAUCUGGAAUGCUCCAGGGAUUUUCGACCAUUUCUGUGUGCCCUCUACGCUCCUGUGUGCAUGGAGUACGGCCGUGUCACGCUCCCUUGUCGCAGACUCUGUCAAAGAGCGUACAGUGAGUGCUCCAAACUCAUGGAGAUGUUUGGGGUCUCUUGGCCUGAGGAUAUGGAGUGCACAAGAUUCCCAGAUUGUGAUGAGCCGUAUCCUCGCCUCGUUGACCUCAAUUUAGCUGGGGAGCCCACAGAAGAGGCCCCAAUGGCAGUACAGAGGGAUUACGGUUUUUGGUGUCCUCGGGAGUUGAAAAUAGACCCUGAUCUGGGUUACUCUUUCCUGAGGGUACGGGACUGUUCCCCUCCUUGCCCAAAUAUGUACUUUCGGCGUGAAGAGCUCUCUUUUGCUCGCUACUUCAUCGGAGUGAUCUCCAUCGUCUGCCUUUCUGCCACCUUGUUUACUUUUUUAACUUUUCUGAUCGAUGUCACAAGAUUUCGCUAUCCAGAGAGACCGAUAAUAUUUUAUGCUGUCUGUUACAUGAUGGUGUCGCUAAUUUUCUUCAUUGGCUUUCUGCUUGAAGACCGAGUAGCGUGUAAUGCAUCCAGCCCUGCCCAGUACAAGGCUUCCACGGUGACACAGGGCUCUCACAACAAAGCUUGCACCAUGCUUUUCAUGGUGCUCUAUUUCUUUACCAUGGCUGGCAGCGUUUGGUGGGUCAUUCUUACCAUCACGUGGUUCUUGGCAGCUGUGCCAAAAUGGGGCAGUGAAGCAAUCGAGAAGAAAGCGUUGCUCUUCCACGCCAGUGCCUGGGGCAUUCCAGGAACUCUGACCAUCAUCCUCUUAGCCAUGAAUAAAAUUGAAGGUGACAAUAUUAGCGGCGUAUGUUUUGUUGGCCUCUAUGAUGUGGAUGCAUUAAGAUACUUUGUACUUGCCCCUCUCUGCCUGUAUGUGGUGGUUGGAGUUUCCCUCCUGCUAGCUGGCAUUAUCUCUCUCAAUCGGGUUCGCAUUGAAAUCCCGUUAGAAAAAGAGAACCAGGACAAACUAGUGAAGUUCAUGAUCCGGAUUGGCGUGUUCAGUGUUCUGUACCUCGUGCCGCUCUUGGUUGUAAUUGGCUGCUAUUUCUAUGAGCAGGCUUACCGAGGCGUGUGGGAGACGACGUGGAUUCAAGAGCGCUGCAGAGAAUAUCACAUCCCGUGUCCCUAUCAGAUCGUUUUAGAUGUCUCCAAACUAACAGUAGCCGUCCUGCAGAACCGAUUCAACACGGGGAAGCUUUCUUAUGAGCAGGUGCCAGACGAAAAGCAACGGUGGUGGAAAAGUAAUGGUAGGCUGCGAGCCAAGG